AAAUUUUCCGCAACCGCGUGCAACAGGCAACAGGCAGGGGGAAGCAUUUUCACCUAUCACAGAGCGCACCACCCCAGCACCCAUCACAUACCAUCAUGGACCUGAACCAACUUCCCCCGGAGCAGCGUGCCCAGAUUGAGGCCCAGCUGCAGCGACGACAGGUUUCCGACUUUAUCUCCUUGUACAACCGGCUGACAGAGCAGUGCUUCAACGCCUGCUGCAACGAAUUCACGUCCAGAAAACUGACGGGCCAGCAGAAAUCGUGUGUGGAGAACUGCGUGGGCAAGUUCUUCGUUGCAUCACAGCGUAUUGGUCAGAGGUUCCAGGAGGCACAAGCACACGCGGCGACCAUGGCCCAGCAAGGCAUGUGAGCAGCCCCCAAUGACAAGUAAGGACAACCAGCCAAGUCUUGUGCGAGCAACAAGCAAAGUAGUUUGAUUGGAUGGACGGAUGGAUGGAUCACGUUGUGGCAGGAGAACAACGCGCCACAGCUUAUCGAAAGCGUGUGUGUUGAUUUGUUCAGUCGAUGUUGAUGCAUGCGUGUGCGAUGUGAUGCAAAGUGUUGUGGGCACUUGUGCACUCGGUUAAGUGUGUGCGCAUGUGCCUGGCUGCGUUUACGUGAUGUUUGAUCAACAGUACACCCGUAACCAAUG